AUGGCGGAUAAAGGAGCCAGGAGUAUUGCCUCGGCCGAUCAGCCGCUUCCCAUGAAGCUGUUUGCGACUUGGGAGGUGGAGAAAUCGUCACCCAACUGUAUACCAAGGUUGUGUAGCCUGACACUGACCAGAUUAAGUGUUUUACGGCCACUGGACAGCGAAUUGACCUCCCUCCUCAUUGCAGUUAAAAUGCAGAAUUCCAAGAGAAUCUUACGUUCCAAUGAAAUCUUGGUGCCGUCUGGAGGAUUACUGGAAACAGAGCUGGAUCUCUCUUUCUCCUUACAGUACCCACACUUCCUGAAGCGGGAUGCCAACUGGCUGCAUGUGAUGUUGCAGCGAAGGAAGAAGUACAAGAACCGAACCCUGAUGGGCUUCAAGACUCUGGCUGUUGGACAAGUCAAUAUGUCGCAGGUACUUCAGUGUUCCAUAGACAGAGAACUAAAUUUGUACAGUGAUGUUAAAGAGCCGACCAACCCAGUGGCCAUCUUGGUGUUGUUUGGACUGACCAGCCAGCCAGUUGACCAUGAGAUCAAUGGUCAUCGGAAGCUGGUAUCCUCUGAUGUUGAGCGAUCCCCGGACAUUGAUAACGACAGUGAUGAAGACGACAUACCUCUCGACUAUAACGACUAUUCAUCUAAUGAAGACAUGAGCGACAGUGAGCCUACCAUGACAGAACAUAACAUUAGAGCCAGGCAGAGGAAACACAGCCGGUCCAAGUCCCGACCAGUGGCAACUCAAGGGAACAUCAAGCAGAAGUUUCGAGCUCUGUUGAAGAGGUUCAAGAUUUCUGAAGAUGUGUUGACCACGUUGGACUCUGAGCCUGACCACGAUCACAUACCGAACCCCCAAGAGUUGGACGACCUGUUUGAUGAACUGGAGGAUUCUGACAGCGGACCUGACCUUGACACCUUGAGCGUCAUGUCUACACCCAAGCCUAAAUUAAGCCCAGAUGUGGGACAACCUGGCAGCCAAAGUGUGGGACAACCUGGCAGCCAAAGUGUGGGACAACCUGGCAGCCAAAGUGUGGGACAACCUGGCAGCCAAAGUGUGGGACAACCUGGCAGCCAAAGUGUGGGACAACCUGGCAGCCAAAGUGUGGGACAACCUGGCAGCCAAAGUGUGGGACAACCUGGCAGCCAAAGUGUGGGACAACCUGGCAGCCUAAGUGUGGGACAAACUGGCAGCCAAAGUGUGGGACAACCUGGCAGCCAAAGUGUGGGACAACCUGGCAGCCAAAGU